AUGGGACAUCCUCAAUCCGAUCCCGGUACCAGUCGGAAUGCCAACGAAUCUGCAGACCCUUUGAACAAUGAUUCAGCCACCACAUCCCUGAGUAUCGAGGAUCCUGUCGAUCCUGUUCUACAAAAAAGCCCUGGUACGCUGGAUCAGCCUGCAGAGGAGAUCUUGCCUCGAGAUCAACAGCAGAAAACCGCCACCUAUGACUAUGCUUAUGAAAAGUCCAUGAGUCACGCCGAGGCGAGACUCUUCUAUCAGCAUCACCAGCUGGCCGCACGGAACGAUAGCACUCUGCCUUCUAGUCCAGUAGCCCCAGCUCGCCCAACGGUCGAAACAAAACUCGAAGAACCACCGGUUAACUUACCGCAUACAAUGGAAAUUCAAGGUCAGAGCUCCCGCGAGGGAUCUAUGCACAUAGAAUCCGACUCCUCUACACUACACCUACAAUCUACAGGUGACCUUGGUUCCUUCAGAUCUCAUUACCUCGAAGAUGAUCAAGAUGAGGCGAACGAUUCUGCCCGAAACCAGGCGAUGCAUCUAAGUGCUGUUCAUGGGCAGAGACCGUACUCGGCGGCAGAGAAUCUACAGAGCGCCGGUGUGGGAAUCGGAGGGCCUCAGGUUGCUAGUGGUUUUUCAUCUAGCAGCGAUGCUGUGACAUCUGAGCUGAACACCAUCUACUGUAAAAUCAAAAAGUUGCUUGAUCGGCGAUCCCAGUACAUGGAAUUAUCCUUGCAGGGACCUGGAAAUGAUCCCAAAGAUCAACCGAAUUGGGAAAUCUACCCCCCGCCUCCAGAGCCAGCGUGGCAUGAUGGCAAAGAAUAUCAGCCUGGCCAUGUCGGCGGCCCUUCCGACCUUGCAGGAAAGAAGAGGAAGAUGGGUCAAGACAUUGGGGAAGAUUUUGACAUGGAGGAAUUGAUGCCUCUGCCCAAUAAGUCAAGUUACACGUAUCGACUGGAUGGAAAUAGUGUGUAUCAAGUUUUUGAGUCUGAGGCCGCCGUCGACGAGCAGAGCCCUAUUGUCCAGAUCCCCUCACUGCGCGAUUUCUAUAUGGAUCUGGAUGCCGUCGUGGAUGUGUCGACCAACGGACCUGCCAAGAGCUUUGCUUUCAAGCGGCUUUCGUACUUAGAGGGCAAGUUCCAACUCUAUACUUUGCUGAAUGAGUAUCAGGAGAUGGCCGACAGCAAAAAGGUACCUCACAGGGACUUCUACAACGUUCGUAAAGUGGAUACCCACGUUCAUCAUUCGGCAUGCAUGAAUCAGAAACAUCUUCUUCGGUUCAUCAAGAGCAAGAUGAGAAAAUCUCCGGAUGAGGUGGUGCUUUUCCGAGAUGGGAAACAUUUGACCUUGAGAGAGGUUUUUGAGAGUAUCAAUUUGACUGCUUAUGACCUAAGUAUCGAUACUUUGGAUAUGCAUGCACAUACUGACUCUUUCCACCGAUUCGACAAAUUCAAUCUGAAAUACAAUCCAGUUGGGGAAUCUCGGCUGCGUGAAAUCUUUCUGAAAACAGACAACUACAUCAAAGGUCGCUACCUGGCAGAGAUUACCAAAGAGGUGAUCUCGGACUUAGAAUCCAGCAAAUAUCAAAUGGUGGAAUGGCGAAUCUCGAUCUACGGUCGUUCCCUUCAAGAAUGGGACAAGCUCGCAGCCUGGGUGGUGGACAAUAAGCUGUUCUCACCCAACGUUCGCUGGCUCAUCCAAGUGCCUCGUCUCUAUGAUGUUUACAAAUCCAGCGGCAUGAUGGAGAACUUUGAGCAGGUUAUCACCAAUGUCUUCCAGCCGUUGUUCGAAGUGACCAAAGAUCCUUCGAGUCACCCCAAGCUCCACAUUUUCCUCCAGCGGGUGGUUGGAUUCGACAGUGUAGAUGAUGAAAGCAAGCCUGAGCGCCGAUUGUAUAGAAAAUAUCCCAUCCCCCGGGAGUGGAACACUAAGCAGAAUCCGCCUUACACUUACUGGUUAUACUUCAUGUUCGCCAACAUCGCAUCCCUCAACAACUGGCGGAAACGCCGUGGAUUCAACACAUUUGUUCUUCGGCCUCACUGCGGAGAGGCAGGUGACCCGGAUCAUCUGGCUGUCGGUUUCCUGUGCUGCCACAGCAUCAGUCACGGUAUCUUACUGCGCAAGGUACCUCUCUUGCAGUAUCUUUACUAUCUUGACCAAAUUGGCAUUGCCAUGUCACCACUCAGUAAUAACGCUUUGUUCUUGACAUACGACAAGAACCCCUGCGCUAGCUUUUUCAAGCGAGGACUCAAUGUAUCUUUGUCCACCGAUGAUCCAUUGCAGUUUGCCUUUACGAAGGAGCCUCUCAUUGAAGAAUAUUCAGUUGCGGCACAAAUCUAUAAAUUCAGCGCAGUCGAUAUGUGUGAACUUGCGAAGCAUUCAGUUGACCAAAGUGGAUUCGAGCUUUCCCUCAAGGAAAGAUGGCUCGGUUCGGACUGUGCUCUGCCAGGAGUUGAUGGUAACAAUGUUGCAAAGAGCAACGUCCCAGAUAUUCGUGAGGCAUUCCGAUAUGAGACUUUGCUUGCAGAACUGUCCUUGAUCGAGCGAUACUCCGAUAACAACUCGAGUGAAGAGCAAAAGAUCUUGGUUCCAGGCUCACAAGCAGGAGCGAUCCCCUCAAACCAUGAUCACCCUACAUCUAACCCUAAAUGCCAGUCUGGGCUAUGUUUGGGUGCAGCCGGUACUACGAAUAUCCCACGACGAGAUCAUCAAGACAUGACCCAGAUGGCUACGUCUCCAUCAACGCCAACGACACACCUUGCUCGAUCCCCUCGUCUUGUUACUGGUGAGUUUUCGUCUCCGGGUACCAACGCUGCGCUUGGAACAGUUGUUGGGAGCGCAGAUAGUCUUCCAGAGCAGAAGAUUUUCCCGGGAAUUGUCCAUGAAAGGGCCCGAAAGGGAAAUAUGCAUCAAUAG